GUAACCUUCGGGAGUGGCUUCAAAGUAUGUUGAACGCUCUGCGUAAGGAUGUAACGUCUUGCUUUUUUUCUUAAAUCGAACUCACCCAUUUGUGCAUUGGAAAUGCCUGAGUAGCUGCGCCCUCCCACGGGGGAGGAGAAAUCAAAACAUCGCGGAGUGCCACUGGUUCUGUUUCUAUAAAAUCAGCAAAGGUGCUUCUGAAGAGCCACAAGAACCCUGGAGAGAGUAACACAUCUACCGAGAAAUGCAAAGCCUUCCAAAGCCUUCGUUUGCCAGCUGGCUCAUAGAACAGGUUGGGACGAGCCAGUACCCGGGCCUAUGCUAUGUGAGCAGAAACAAGUUCAGAGUCCCCUGGAAGCACAACUCCAGAAGGGACUGCAAUGAUGAGGACAGUAAAAUAUUCCGGGCUUGGGCAAUCGCGAGUGGAAAAAUCAACGAGUUCCCCAAUGACAAGGCCAGGUGGAAAACCAACUUCCGAUGCGCUCUCAACAAUCUCUCUAAACACUUCAAGAUGAUAAAAGAUAAUUCCAAGAUUAAUGACGACCCUCAUAAAAUCUACGAGCUCAUCAACCAUGACUCAGACAACCGUGAAAGUCAGCCAGUACAAGAAUCCCAGGAGGAUGCUGACAUGAAUCCAGACAUAUACACGUCUCCCACAGAUUACCAACCCUCAGAAAAUGAGCUAAUUCUUCUGAACAAUUUCAUGACCUUGGAUCUUGGCAACCAGCCAUCAGAUGUGCAACUAUGGGCAGAAGACUAUGCUCAGCACAAUCCAGCUGUCCCUGAAAGCUAUCCUGUAGCGGCCAAGAGCCACCCACAUCAUUUACCAGAGCAGUCUGCCUACUUAAACCCUCCGCAAGUCCUCAAUUCACCUCUGCAGCCGAGUAUAUAUGACCUGGAGAUCUCCAUCCACUACAGGAAAAGAGAAAUGCUGAAGACUACAUUAACCACGUCCCUUCUCCAGCUCCAUUACCACCAUGAGGUGCCUGAGCUCAACGCCCAUCAUCUCUGCUUCCCCUCCACUGAUAGUCUGCUCGACCAAAAGCAGGUUGAGUACACUAACCGCAUCCUGAACAGCAUCCAGAGAGGUCUAUUCCUGGAGGUACGAGACACUGGUAUCUAUGCCUGGAGGCAGGACAAGUGCCAUGUGUUUGCAAGCACCAGUGAUCCCAGUGUGGCUCACCCCAACCCCAGCAAGCUGCCCCCCAACACCAUGGUGACGCUCCUGAGCUUUGAGAAGUAUGUGCACGAACUGAAGCAGUUUAAAGAGAGCAGUGGGGGCUCUCCUGAAUACGCCAUCAACAUGUGCUUUGGAGAGAAGUUUCCUGAUGGGAAACCUUUGGAGAAGAAGCUGAUCGUAGUCAAGGUGGUCCCUCUGAUCUGUCGACACUUUCAUGAGAUCGCCCAAAUGGAGGGGGCCUCGUCUCUUCACAGCACCAAUGUCAGCCUACAGAUCUCACACAACAGCCUCUAUGAUCUUAUUAACAACGUCUUUAGUCUACCCAUAGCUGAAGAGUCAGCGAGGGCGGCUGCACCUUUUCAACCUCAGAUGUGACAUCUCUCAAACUUUUCAAUUUCAACUAUCCAUGGGACCACACCCUGCUCUGCCCCCAAGCUACACGAAAAAGUUGUCAAACUGUUUAAGUGUUGAAUGUGUCAUAGGUGAAGCAGAAAGACCAGGAAUUAGGAUGAAGAAUGCAUAAUAUACCAUCAAUGACCAAACACAUUGCUGAUUUACAUUGCCUCCUGUUCUCAUCAGUCACAAAUGUUGGGAAACACAUUUUUAUCACUACACCAGUAUAUAUGAGCUCCUUUACUAUUGGACUGUAACAUUACUCCAGUGCCUUAGAAUACACUUUUAUAUGAUUACUGUAAAUGUCGAAUCAACUGUUAAUGAAAUGUAAGGUUAAAUUAAUAUUAUAUAUGUAUGUAGGAACAGAAUGUGGCCCAAAAUGAUGGUAAAUCCUUCAUAUGCUAUUACGUUUUUACAAUAUUUAUGAGCUUGUAAAAUGCUUCAACAGUGUGUGGAUGUAUGUUUAUGUAUGAGUCACGCUGCCAUUGACUGAAAUGUUUCCUUGUUUCUGGUGAAUUUGUUACACUUUUUCACACUUUGUGUUUUUGCACUUUUCACACUUGAAAAAUCUCUCUGAAGAACUGCCAUUGUUAAGAUAUUAAAUAAACAGGUUUAA